AUGGCCCUGAAACCAGUUCGUGUGAGGAUAAGUGGGAUUGGAAUCGUUGGAAUCGCCACUUCUCCGAGAUUGAAGAAAUCGAAAGCGCAGUUUCUCUUCUCAAGACUACAGUACGCGAAGAGCGUUACCAUGAUGCUUCUAGAAUAUGUAGCCAGACAGGAAGUGGACUGACAGGUGGUGACUGCACCAGCUAGAACACCUCUUUUUGAGAUUUUCAAUGUUAAAGACAAUGGCGGAGGAUAUGUUAUGCAGGUGGUGUAUUUGGAACAUGUCAAGCAAAAACCAUCCGAUUCCGAGAAGUCCUAUUUAAAAGCACAGCAACCAUCCAAUGCCUCAAUUGAGAGCCCAUCCAUUCUAGACGUACGAGGAAGUGAAGUCCAGGUGGAUAAAAAAGAAGAUAGGUUACAACUACUAAAUCCUCAGGAACCAACUGAAGAAGCGAUUAAAAAUGUGAUAGACUUUCUAAAAGAUAGAAUCCCGGGGCUAAAAAUGAGAAUGGAUGUUAGAAUCCCCGAUGAGGAGACUGUAGGCAGCGAUGGUGCUACUGAGGAGCUGGUUGGAGAAGGCAUUGAUGAAACUAAUUCUGGUGAUGAAGGACAAGACGACAUUGUUGAAGAAAUUGCAGACCAUGGAAAGCAUUUUAACACUAAAGUUUUGUUCGGAGGGGUUCUACAUGACACAGAGGAUUCCUCUAUCGAGGAUGAGCUUCUCCGUGUUUCGGCAUAUAUAACAGAUACUGAAAGAGAUUCCUUUAUCUUGCAUGUUCCUGGGAGAAGUAAGAAAGGUAUUGAUACAAGAAAGAACACAGUAUCCAAGGAACAAGUCUCCGCUCAAGGAAUUUCAGAUCUGAUGCCACCAGAGGUUGCUGAGGCUCUCUGGGGUCUCGAGAAAGCUCCUUUGAAGGUAUCAAGAAAUGUGCGAGAGAUUGUCAAGCUUGCUAUAAAUCAGGCACAAAGAGGAAACCGGCUCUUUGAGUAUACAUCAUUUAAUAGAAUCGUAUCUCCUGAAAGCGACCUAGACCCUUUUGAGGGCCUAUAUGUGGGUGCGUUCGGACCUUAUGGGACAGAGGUAGUACAACUUAAGCGUAAGUAUGGUCGGUGGGAUGAUGCAGAGGGGAGUAACUCGUCAGAUACAGAGUUCUUUGAAUAUGUCGAGGCUGUGAAGUUGACAGGGGAUCCAAAUGUGCCGGCUGGCCAGGUGACAUUUCGUGCAAAGAUUGGGAAAGGGAGUCGCAUGAGAGAUCAUACAAUGUACCCAGAGGAAAUGGGAGUGGAGAAGGAAGGAUCGCAGACUUUGGGGUUUAAAAACCCAAAAUGGGUCGGAGGGCAGCUUUUAAAACUCAAUGGAAAGGGAAUGGGACCAUAUGUGACGGGUGUGGAUCUUGGAUUUAUAUAUUUUGGCCCUGAGAAGAGUUUCUUGGUCAUUUCCAACCGUCUGAGACUGCCUGAGUGA